UGCCAUCUCUAGCAAGAUUCCCGUCAAACGCGACGUCGCGUCCAAAUCUAGCGCCAAAACGGGCGUUGCAUCAACCUCGAAAGAGGAAAUCCAGAUCACGAAAAAGCGAAAGACAUCUGAGUCUGGAGCUGCUGUAGUUACCGCUGUGGUGUCAACACUCCCUACCGAUGAUGUGCAAGUUUCAGUGAAGUACAGAAAUAUCCAGAAAAAUGGCAAUAACAAGCCCCCACGAAACGUGAAUGAGCGAUUCUCGAGGAUAAAACCCCAAAGUAUACCUCCGGAACAACUUAUGGACAACGGGUAUGAAGCCAAGGGCGGUAUCACUAAUGACUACGGUAAUCGUGCACACCAGGACUUGAUUGUCACACGGGGCGCAGGGUUCCGGAAGGAGAAGAACAAGAAGAAAAGAGGUUCAUACCGUGGCGGAGAAAUCACUAUGCAAAGUCACAGUAUCAAAUUCACAGAUUAGACACGUUGAUAUACAUCGCACAAGCUA